UCCGCUUCCGCCCAGUGUGCCGCUGGAGCCACGCUGCGAGCUGCGUGCUGAGGAGCGCCUCUCUGCACGAAGCCUCCUGGAGCCUCUCCCGGAGCAGUCACCAUGGAGGCUCAUGGGCUGCGCAGUACCUCACGCACCCUCGUGGCGCUGCUCGUGACGAGCUACGCGUUCCUCACGUCUGGGCCCACGGAGGAGAAGAAUUUCUCCCCGAACUGGCUGGUUAACCUGGGGGGAGCCUGGGAGGUCCAACCGCCACAGGCCGGGCAGCCUCUACCUUUCGCCAAAGCGACCGUGGCUGUCCACAUCAGCGACCGGCUCGCAGAUCACGAAGCCAAGAGGGAGCCUCGAGUCGCUUCCUCUCCCAGCCAUGGCGUGGAGGUUCCCCAAGGAGGAGGAGGAGAAGACGACGACCCAGCUCCCUUAGGGUGGAAGACCUUCAUGGAGAUGCUGCACAGCAGGCCGGUGGCCAUCGCCUACGAGGUGGCGAGUGCAGGGAUCGCCCUCCUCAGCCUCGGAGUGUGGCUGAAGAAUGCAGUGUGGCGUCCACGACCUCCUGCCAUGCCAGCGAUGGCCGUCCACACCACCAACCUCCCGAAACAAAAGGCUCGGUCGAACUUGGCCGAAAUGGUACCUCAAGCAGCUUCUUCUUUAGGCUGUUGGAUGACGGUUCCGCAAGAUGGAGAAUACCCGUCUCCCUCAAGGUGGACGACCUUGAUGAAGAUGCUGCACAGUGGGCCGGUGGCCAUCACUUACCACGUGGAGAGCACGGGGAUCACCAUUACCAGCCUAAGAGUCUGGCGGAAGAAUCAACUGAAGUCAUCGCAACGUGGACGAGUUUACCGAAGCCGCCACAUGAGAGGAUCCAUGUGGAAAUUGGCUCGGGGCAAGCGCCACCCCAUGAAAAUCAAGAGGACCCACAGAUCCCUCAAGACUCGGCUGGAUGGCUGCUCCAUGAUGAAUAGCUCUCUGUUGGAGCCUGGGACGCGUCACGCAGCCGCCCCUACCUGCUGCCGGUGUGCGGACACGCGUCUUGUGUGGAGCAUGCCUGCAGGACAAAGGCACGCGCACGCGCGGGCUGCGAGUUUGUGUGCCCGACCUGCAAGGUCCCCGGCCUCCUUCUACCUGCAGCCCGACGAAGCGCUUGGAAAUUUCCUACCCACGCUGAAGGAAAUGCUGGAGGAGCGAUUUGGUGGGAAGCCUCGGCCGCUCUACCCCGAGCGGUCGCUCGCGCAGGGCGGCCGCGGCGCUGGCGUCUGGCACCGAUCUUGUCGAGGGCUCUGUACAGCACAAACCACUGCACCUGGGCCACGGCCCGAAUCCAAAGCCUCCGUUCUGACGGUCAGAUUCAGGCGGCGACUCUGGAGGAAAUGUCUCUCAUGAAAUUGUCUUUUCCGAGACCAAGGUUCUCUGCAAACCUCCCGGCUACCAUCAAAGAGACCCGGACCGUGUGAGAGACGCCGCGAGUUCUGUGCACCCUGCACUGUACGUACCGUGUACCAGUCGGGGAGCGGGCAGUAUUAUUGCGGUGAACACCACGCUGCCCUCCAAGUUCGACUCCCGCUCACGGCCACCAACACUGCUGACGAUUACCUCAGCCGCUCCUGGGCCUCCCCGUGUAGCCGUUGCGAGCAGCACCGAUGAAGGCCGGCACGGCACGUGACACCAGUGUUGGUGGCCGUGAGCGGGAAUCGAACCCUGGGUGGCAAGUGUGCCGCUGGAGCCACGCUGCGAGCUGCGUGCUGAGGAGCGCCUCUCUGCACGAAGCCUCCUGGAGCCUCUCCCGGAGCAGUCACCAUGGAGGCUCAUGGGCUGCGCAGUACCUCACGCACCCUCGUGGCGCUGCUCGUGACGAGCUACGCGUUCCUCACGUCUGGGCCCACGGAGGAGAAGAAUUUCUCCCCGAACUGGCUGGUUAACCUGGGGGGAGCCUGGGAGGUCCAACCGCCACAGGCCGGGCAGCCUCUACCUCUCGCCAAAGCGACCGUGGCUGUCCACAUCAGCGACCGGCUCGCAGAUCACGAAGCCAAGAGGGAGCCUCGAGUCGCUUCCUCUCCCAGCCAUGGCGUGGAGGUUCCCCAAGGAGGAGGAGGAGAAGACGACGACCCAGCUCCCUUAGGGUGGAAGACCUUCAUGGAGAUGCUGCACAGCAGGCCGGUGGCCAUCGCCUACGAGGUGGCGAGUGCAGGGAUCGCCCUCCUCAGCCUCGGAGUGUGGCUGAAGAAUGCAGUGUGGCGUCCGCGACCUCCUGCCAUGCCAGCAAUGGCCGUCCACACCACCAACCUCCCGAAACAGAAGGCUCGGUCGAACUUGGCCGAGAUGGUACCUCAAGCAGCUUCUUCUUUAGGCUGUUGGAUGACGGUUCCGCAAGAUGGAGAAUACCCGUCUCCCUCAAGGUGGACGACCUUGAUGAAGAUGCUGCACAGUGGGCCGGUGGCCAUCACUUACCACGUGGAGAGCACGGGGAUCACCAUUACCAGCCUAAGAGUCUGGCGGAAGAAUCAAUUGAAGUCAUCGCAACGUGGACGAAUUUACCGAAGCCGCCACAUGAGAGGAUCCAUGUGGAAAUUGGCUCGGGGCAAGCGCCACCCCAUGAAAAUCAAGAGGACCCACAGAUCCCUCAAGACUCGGCUGGAUGGCUGCUCCAUGAUGAAUAGCUCACCAACACUUAACAGCGCACCCACCAACAGCACCACUCCUACCAACACCAGCACUCCUACCAACAGCACCACUCCUACCAACACCACCAUGACAAACCCCACCCCGACCAACAUUGCUAUCUCGACUAACACCAUCACACUUUCAAAUACCACCACCUCUACCAAUGCUAUCCUGACUAACACCACCACCUCUUCCAACCCUACAAACCCU